GGCGCGGGGUUGUGGCUGUCAGGCGGGCGGGGCCGCCUAGGACCCGGGAGGAUCCGCUUCUCCGGCGCCGCAGAGCCUCGGCGCCCCCACGUGCGGCCCCCUCCUCCUCCUCUUGGCCCACCUCCCUCCCUCUGGGGUUUGGGAUUCCUUGGGGAGCAGGAAGCCCCCCUCCUGCCCUGCAGCGGGCCGGGCAGGCAGAGUGGUCGGGCCCGGGGGCGGAUGCCCGUGGGUGGGCCGGGCCAGCCGGCUGCGGGGGAGGCGGGCUGCGUUGUUUCCCCCUAGGGCCCGACUCUGCGCGGGACAAGCCUCCGCGCGGUGCUCUCGGGCGGGGCCUGGGGGCAAGCGAGGCGGCGGCGGCGCUGCAUCCCGGGCCUCAGGCCGGGCGCGCGGGCUGGGGCCGGGCCGACGCCCCCGCGGCGCCUCUCCCACGCUCGCGGCCCCUCCCUCCCUUCCCCUAGGCUCCCGGGAGCGGCGGGCGGAGAGCUUUGUGUGCGCCUGCGGACCGGGGGCGAGCCUCGGGCGGCCCAACUUGACGGCGGCCAGCGGACUCCGGGGCGGGAGUGGUGAGGCGUGACCGGGUGGAGGAGGUGCCCGGGGGGCGUGCGGCUCCCGGGCGGCGGGAGGGACCGAGCGGAGCGCGCCGGACAAUGAGCUGGGCAGCUCGGCGCGGCGGCCACUUUUAGGGGGCGCGGGCCUCCGCGGCUCCACCUGCGCGGAGGGGGCGGGAUGUCCGGGCCAGGUGUCCCGGCGCGCUGAGGCGCUCUCGUAGCCCGACGCUCCCGAGCCGGUUCUCGCCUUGACCCCGGGCUGCCUGGAGCCUCCGGCUGGGACGUGCUUGGCCGGGCGGCCCGGAGCAGCCGCGAUGGCCAGCACCAGGAGUAUCGAGCUGGAGCACUUUGAGGAACGGGACAAACGGCCGCGGCCGGGGUCGCGGAGAGGGGCGCCCAGCUCCUCCGCCGGCAGCAGCGGCUCGGGCCCCAAAGGCAACGGGCUCAUCCCCAGCCCGGCGCACAGCGCCCACUGCAGCUUCUACCGCACGCGGACCCUGCAGGCCCUGAGCUCGGAGAAGAAGGCCAAGAAGGCGCGCUUCUACCGGAAUGGGGACCGCUACUUCAAGGGCCUGGUGUUUGCCAUCUCCAGCGACCGCUUCCGGUCCUUCGACGCGCUGCUCAUGGAGCUCACCCGCUCCCUGUCUGACAACGUGAACCUGCCCCAGGGCGUCCGCACCAUCUACACCAUCGACGGCAGCCGGAAGGUCACCAGCCUGGACGAGCUGCUGGAAGGUGAGAGUUACGUGUGCGCAUCAAAUGAACCGUUUCGUAAAGUGGACUACACCAAAAACGUUAAUCCGAACUGGUCUGUGAACAUCAAGGGUGGGACCCCCCGAGCCUCGGCUCCCCCCUCCUCAGUGAAGAGUGAAGUGAAGGAAAGUAAAGAUUUCAUCAAGCCCAAAUUAGUGACUGUGAUUCGAAGUGGAGUGAAGCCUCGAAAAGCUGUGCGGAUCCUCCUGAAUAAGAAGACGGCUCACUCCUUCGAACAGGUCUUAACAGAUAUCACCGAAGCCAUUAAGCUGGAUUCAGGAGUGGUGAAGAGGCUCUGCACGCUGGACGGGAAGCAGGUUACUUGUCUGCAAGACUUUUUUGGUGAUGAUGAUGUGUUUAUUGCAUGUGGACCUGAAAAAUUCCGUUAUGCGCAAGAUGACUUUGUCCUGGAUCACAGUGAGUGCCGUGUCUUGAAGUCAUCUUAUUCUCGCUCCUCAGCUGUUAAAUAUUACGGAUCCAAGAGCCCUGGGCCUUCUCGUCGCAGCAAAUCACCAGCUUCAGUUAAUGGAACUCCCAGCAGCCAGCUUUCCACUCCUAAAUCGACGAAAUCCUCCAGCUCCUCUCCAACCAGCCCAGGAAGUUUCAGAGGAUUAAAGGUUUCUGCGCAUGGCCGAUCUUCUUCCAAUGUCAACGGAGGGCCUGAAGUUGAUCGUUGCCUGAGUCCUGAAGGUGUGAAUGGAAACAGGUGCUCUGAGUCGUCGACUCUUCUUGAGAAAUACAAAAUUGGGAAAGUUAUUGGAGACGGCAAUUUUGCAGUCGUCAAAGAGUGCAUGGACAGGUCAACCGGAAAGGAGUUUGCCCUGAAGAUUAUAGACAAAGCCAAAUGUUGUGGAAAGGAACAUCUGAUUGAGAAUGAAGUGUCGAUCCUGCGCAGAGUGAAGCAUCCGAACAUCAUCAUGCUGAUUGAGGAGAUGGAGACGGCCACCGAGCUCUUCCUGGUGAUGGAACUGGUCAAGGGUGGAGAUCUCUUUGAUGCAAUUACCUCCUCAACCAAGUAUACGGAGAGGGACGGGAGCGCCAUGGUGUACAACCUGGCCAACGCCCUCCGGUACCUGCACGCCCUCAACAUCGUGCACCGGGACAUCAAGCCCGAGAACCUCCUGGUGUGUGAAUAUCCUGAUGGGACCAAGUCUCUGAAACUGGGAGACUUCGGGCUGGCCACUGUGGUGGAAGGCCCACUGUACACCGUCUGCGGCACCCCGACUUACGUGGCCCCUGAAAUCAUUGCUGAAACCGGCUAUGGCCUGAAGGUGGACGUCUGGGCAGCCGGCGUGAUCACGUACAUACUGCUCUGUGGCUUCCCACCCUUCCGAAGUGAGAACAACCUCCAGGAGGAUCUCUUUGACCAGAUCUUGGCUGGGAAGCUGGAGUUCCCAGCCCCCUACUGGGACAACAUCACAGACUCGGCCAAGGAGUUAAUCAGUCAGAUGCUUCAGGUCAAUGUUGAAGCGCGGUGCACAGCAGGACAGAUCUUGAGCCACCCCUGGGUGUCUGAUGACGCCUCCCAGGAGAAUAAUAUGCAAGCUGAAGUAACAGGUAAACUCAAACAGCACUUUAAUAACGCGCUCCCCAAACAGAACAGCACGACCACCGGGGUCUCCGUUAUCAUGUUUGACUUGACAGUUUGAGAGACACUUCAGAGUUUCACUGUGUACCCCGCUGAGGCUCUGGGGACCCUGGAGCAGCAUUCUGGUAUUCACCGUGCUGUGCUUCCUCAGAGCGGCCUCUAAUUCUCAGCCCGUCUUAUCUGCAUGCUUUUCUCAGACCCUGACAGCAGCGUCCAGCUCUCAGCUUCCCAUGGGUGCAGGUCUCCUGUACCUACUGACACCCAUUUUGGCCAAACACACCCGUGAAAACUUUACUUAAAACUCUUCAGCUUGCCACAUCACCUUGCUUCUCAGACCAAAAGCUAGUGAGGGCACGGGAGGAGGGUGCCAGUCGUUCUCCUGCUGAAGGUUAUCUUUCACUGAGGUGCAAAUACGUAUCUUUUAGUGGAUGACAGCAUAAGAUGGGAGCCUUUGGGAAGGCUUUGGUUCUUUCUCCAAGUACAUUUGCAAGGAGGCCCUGUCAGGCUUUGGGAUAGGAGAAUCCUAGAGGAUAGGGUUUUGGUUUAAGUUGGGCCUGUGGUUUCGGAUUGCACUUGCAUUUGCUCUGACUUGUCCUGAGAGGCUUAAGGAAAGACCCUGCACCUGCAAAGCGGCUCAGGGCCUGGCCUAGAAGAGGCCAUCUCGUGGUGGAAAAGAGAAUUAAUGAUAAGAAACCCCUUGUGGCUGCAUUUUGUAGCCUCGUAGCUGACUGGAGAAAGGGUGGAUUCAAAAGGAGUGCUUCCUCACUGGGGGGACUGUGCUCCUUUCAGGGGGACGUUGGGAAGGACUGGGGCUUAAUUUAAGUUGGACAAAACUGUUUCGACUGUGUUGCUUCUGUUGAAAGUAAGUCCAGUUUCUGUCCCUGCUUCUCUCCUCCCUCCUCGCGCCUCUCCCGCUGCCUGCAUUGCUUUCCUCUGGCUAGGUCCAAGGCGAUGGUAUGUACUAACCGCACCGCUCUGCUUCCUCCUGCUGCACACAUUCAUGCUCUUGCCGGGAAGAGAAGAGGAGAAAUAACCGUGGGGAUGGUGGUGUCUUUGGCCCAGGGGAGGCUUUUGGGUGGAAAACGGCGGAAGAAGCCUCUCUGCGCUUUCCGAGUUUUCCCCGAGGGGGUGGCCUGGCCUCUGCUCACACUAGGCGCUCCGAAGCUUGUUAAGGCGCAGGGCUGAGUUUCUGAUUUGGCUUUUCCCCAGUUAACCUCUUCUCCAGGAAACGGAAAGUGCCCUUGGCAAUCACUGAGUGUUCAGGAAGGGCCUGUGGAGAACACCUGCCUUCCAGUCUGCACCAAGGGCCCCGCAGGCAGCCGCCCAAGGUCUAGGAAGCCGCCCAAGGUCUAGGAAGCCCCAUUUGUUCAUACUUUCUUCAGGCACUUUUUCCCCUCCUGGAGUCCUGGAAGACUCGAUGGUUCCUUUCCCCAUCAAGGUGGUUAGAUGACAAGGAAAGGACUUCUGGCCCACAUGCCUUUCAGCUAAAGGUGCUGAGAACUGAAAGAGCCCCGCGUUUGGAAAACGCGGUGAGAGGGCGCCUGGCCUGGCCUCCCUGGCUGAGCAGCAGUCAUACCUGGUCAGAGGAGGAGGCAGGCGGGCCAGUCUCCUUCCAGGCUAGGGUCAGAGGGCAGGGGACAUCUGUGCCCCUGGAGCAGGGGAAAGUUAGCCUGCUAGUCGCUCAGCCAUUUCCUACUCUUCGUGAUCCCAUGGUCUGUCGCCCACUAGGCUCCUCCAUCCGUGGAAUUCUCCAGGCAAUAACACUGAAGUGGGCUGCAAUGCCCUUCUCCUGGGGAUCUUCCCUACCCAGGGAUUGAACCCUGGUCUCCUGCAUUACAGGCAGAUUUUUUUUUUUAACCCUCUGAGCCACCAGGGGGAGCAGGUCACAACCCUUGGGGGUGUGAAGACACCCCACAGGAAGAGAAGGCCAGGGAGGAGCUGCUGGACGAUGGAAAGAUGGGUGAUGUUACACCCUGCAUUCCCAGGCUUUUCAUAAAUUGAUGGCCGCCACUGGGGCGGUGGUUUCGGGGCGGGGUGGGGGUUAGGUAUUACAGAUGACAUGACUUAACCUUUCCAGUCUCCCGAUGGGGAACCUUCUUUAGAGAAGUUAGCAGUCAGGUGCCUUGCAUUCCCAUGCGGUUUGCUUCUUGUCCAGGACGCUUCUGGGCUCAGAUCCCAGAGGCUCCGGCCAGGGCCGUAGGAGCAGAGGCCGCGGUGAGGGAUGGAGGGACUGCUGGGCCGGCCGGGGGGGUGGGGGGCCGGUGGGGGCGCCGUCAGGCCACGGGCGUUACUUCUCCUCUCCUGCUCCCGGCCUGCAUGCUCGGCGCGCCCCGCUCGCUCGCGGUGCCGGGCGCAGGCGGCGGACUCACGUGUCUUACGUCUCCUGCUCUCUCCCCAGAACACGGCUCUAGAUAAGGAGGGCCAGAUCUUCGGCAGCAAGCUUGGCGCCGACGGCGGCCGACCCGGCCUGGAGCCCGCCGCCCCGGCGCCCGCCGCGCCCCCGGAGCCGCCCCCGCACCCCGGCCCUCCCGCCCCCGC